UUGAGUUUCCAGCCGUCCUGUUAAACACCUCGACAGGAGAUACUGAAUCUGAAUUCCACACAUAUGUCCAGCCCCAGGAACAUCCUAUUCUCUCUGAAUUUUGUACAGAACUCACUGGCAUCACACAGAAACAAGUUGAUGAAGGGGUCCCUCUAAACAUUUGUCUAUCACAGUUUAUGAAAUGGAUUCAAAGGAUACAAAAGGAGAAGAAAAUUAUAUUCAGUACAGAUAUUCUAAGUAACUCUACUUCAGAAGCCAAAGCAUGUACCAUUGUUACCUGGACAGACUGGGACCUGGGUGUGUGUUUGCAGUAUGAGUGUAAAAGGAAGCAGCUGCGAAAACCUGACAUUCUAAAUUCCUGGAUUGAUCUCAAAGCAACAUAUAAGGCCUUCUACAACAGAAAGCCUAAAGGGUUAAGUGGUGCUUUGCAGGAUCUGGGGAUAACUUUUGCAGGACGGGAACAUUCCGGGUUGGAUGAUUCUCGGAACACUGCCCAUCUUGCUUGGAGGCUGAUUAGUGAUGGAUGUGUGCUGAAGGUUACUAAAUCUUUGGAUAAGGUUAGUAACUACUUCAUACCUUUUGGUUCUACUUGCUUUGUAGCCUGGAAUACAGAUGAAAGAACACCAACUACAAACUUCACUGACAAGACUCAACUGGGAAGGAACAGCAGACCUGAAACAUCUAGAAAUGAAACUUGCGAAACAAUCUGGCUGAGAAAAAAAGGCAACAGUAUUGCUGUAAUUAAGAGAAAUUCUGAUGUAAAAACUGAAGAACAACGGCCCACUUGCAAUGAUUCCUGUGCAGAUGUCCAUGUUGUACCAUGCAGCAGCUCAAGAACUGAGUUACAUGCUCAAGCCCAAAGCUCUUCAACAGCAUCUACUGACAGAUUUCCUGUUCCUCUUGCACAGGCACAGCAACCUUGCAGUACUGUGUCAACAGGCAUUCAGCAAGGAUUGAGCAAUGGGCUUCUGAGUACAGCCAGGCACUGCCUUCCAGUACACGGACCAAGACUCGUGCUUGUCUCCACUACCAUCUCCUCAGUUAAUGUCUCCAAUGAUGAUGUCAGUAUGAGUUCUGAUUGCUUAUCUGUGCUCACUGACUGGGAAGAUGUUGCUUUAAUACCAGAAUCUCAAUAUGGACAACAUCCGGACUAUGUUAAAUUCAAAGAUGAUUUAAGUACAGAUACUCUGUCGGUGUUUGAAGAUAAAACAAUUUCAAAACAAUCAGUUGUGAUGAGUUCAGAUAAUCAAAGUUUGGAGAAAACCCUAAUACCUGUGGAACCUCUGAAAUCUAUAGUUUAUAAAAGUCCUGAUACCACUAUCUAUAAUGUGGGAACAGUAGCAGGGCAGACUUCAAUUUUUUCAGAUUUUAAGUUACCACCUGCAGAGGUAAAUGCUAUUUCAGCACUAUCAGCAACAACUGGAAAUUAUUCUACUCCUUCAGAGGUUCCUAAAAGAAACCCAACUAGUCCAAAAAUGUUUCCACCAGCAAAAAAGCAGUCUUUUGCUAUAUAUCAAGAGAAAACUGCAUCUUUUGAUCAUUCCUUACCUUUAAGAAGUUUACAUUUGCCCAAGGUGUCUCCGGCCAUUCUGAACUCCACAGUCAAUUUGAAUCAGUCUGCAAGAGCUGUCAAAAAUGGAAAACCAACUCCUCCUCUAUGUAACUGCGGUCGAAGAGCUAAAAAACUGUAUGUGUCAAAUGCUGGUCCAAACCACGGCAAAGCAUUUUUUUGCUGUCCUGUUAGCAAGCAUGAAGGUAGUAAGAAAGGCUGUGGAUACUUCAAGUGGGAACACGUGCUUCUAAGAGGGAAAUCUAAUGGUCUCACCCCGAAUGCAGAUGCUUCGACCUCUCUUGGAACUUAUGCCAGUAAUUUAGGAAAUUCUUCAAACAAAAAAUAUUUGUGUCUUAGACCCUCUAUGAGAACUUAA